ACCGCUGCAGAAGAAAGAGGUGAGCCGGAAGCCAAAGCAGAUCUUCGGCCACCUGAAAUUAUGGACGAGCUCUCCCUUGACCCAAGGGCGUCGGGAGGGCUACUCGAAGGAGACAGCAGGAUUACGGCAGUUGUCAAGUCGGAAGAAACGAAAGCAGCAGCUGACGAGACAGUUGGCGUGCCUUGUCCCUUAGUCAAUAUAUCUGCGGAGACCGCAGCAUUGGAGGAGGUACAUGUACUUCAAGCAGGAGCCAGAGAAACUGAAGAAAUUCCAACUCACGCUGUCGGAGCAGCGCUAGCAGCAGAAACUGCACCUCAGGUCGAAACUAAACUUCCUGGUGAGCCUACUGCUGGAGAAAAAAGAGGCGAGCCGGAAUCCAAAGCACAUCUUGAAAUUACGGAUGAGCUUCCCCUUAACCCAAUGGCGACAGGAGGGCUGCUCGAAGUUGAACGAGGAUUUACCGACGCCUUCUUUGAAGGAAGUGGGUACAAACACGUGAUACCACAUAGUCGAUCUGCAGUUGCGGAUGAGCGGGCUGUCAUUACAGAUAUUAAAACCGACGGUUGGGCUUUUCCUCCAGGUUCUGCACGAGAAGAAUUCAUGUGGUUGUAUCCUAAGGUAACGGGGGGUUUGCUAGAAGUAGAUGUUCUGACGUUUGGACCCAUUUCUGUGCAAGAGGAAGGAACGUACAUGUCGUCUGCAAAAGAAGAAAAGGAAGGGAUUCCAGUUGAAAACUUAGGCCCCGUCGAAAGAACCAUGUCGGUGGAACACGCGAGUGCAUCAAAUGAAGCUAAAGGAGCUUUUGGUGGUCCUUCGGUUGCACUUUGUUCAUCAGAUGCUGACGUAGCAGGGGUUCUUGCUGAAAAACUAGCACCCACAUCUAUCGCAAAAGCCCUGCCUUUCACUUCAGCCAAAGAUGUAAGCGAUGGACCAGAGCAAAAUUCAGCCAGCAGACAUGCGCGCGGCAACAGAAUUGUCUCCCAGCCAACUUCGCGAAACUGAAUCCCUCGACGAAAUUGAAAGGGGAGCAAGAGCUGUAUUUAGUACAGAUGCUGCUGGAGCUACACAUUUUGCAUUUAGUGUUAGAAAGCGCUCUUUGACUGACACUUGCUCACAGACUCAGCUCCCCUCGUCUUCUCUCAAGCGCUGUCUGUCGUGGACGUCUGCUCAAAAUGCCGCAAAAACACCGGUAGGAGAGGAAGUAAAAACGCUCUUCGUUGAUGCGGGUGUUCUUUUUGGUGGGCCGCAGUACGAUGCAGAUCAGGUCUCUCUGGACCGCGCAUCUACGUCCUCACAGGCCACCGCUGAUAUAACCGACCCCAAGAAAAGUUUUCCUGUGACAGCUCAAAAUGCUUUGGAAGUUGAGCUGGGCUUUGAACCUACUACAGAUAUUGACGUGGCCACAGAUCAGAGUGGCCGCUCACAGUCAUCGUCUACGCCAGUCGGACAGUGUUUGCCGUUUAGGGAAGGUGGUGUUCCGCCUGCUAUAUUAUCUGAGCACCAUCAUUCCCCUGAAGUACAACCGUCGGAUAGCACGAGAGAAGGUCGCCCAUCUGAACUUGAGGAGCUCAAAGCAAGCGAGGAUGGUGGCGGUCACUCGGCAAAAGGAAGAAAAGCAACAAUCACCGAAGUCUUGUCGAGUGAUAUCGAAGCGAAGUCAUCCCCUGCAGAAAAGGAUGUGACGUUGCUAAGGACAGAACCUGCUGAGCACAAGCCUUCUCUUUCUGCAAAGGACCACUCCACGGAGGGCGUGGAAGGCUGGCAGUCAACGCCAGUAGUUACAGAAGAGGGCGCACUUCCUGAGGAUGCAAGUGCGGUAUCACCAAGCCGCGGUGAGCAGGAAGGCUACGAAGUCACUGGGAAGGAACUUGACACCAGAGAAGAAAAGCAUAUCACUGAUGUAUUGCCCAAUGCAACCGAAACAAUGUCAUCCUCUUUGGAGAAGGACAUGGCCAUGCCAAUGACAAAGUUGGCUGAGCAGAAGCCUCCUCUUUCUGCAAGGAAUCAGUCCUCGGAGGGGGUUGAAGGCUGGCAGUCACCGCCUGGAGUUACGGAAGAGGGCGCACCUCCUCAAGCAGAAGCCAGAACGACUGAGGAAAUUCAGGCACCCACUGAAGAAGCAGCACCAGCAGUCGAAACUGCAGCUCAGGUCGAAGCUAAACCAGCUGUUGAGGCUACUGCUGCAGAGGAAAAAGGUGAGCCGGAAGACAAAACAGAUAUUCAGCCACCCACGGAAGAGCUCCCCCUUCACCCAAUGGUGACAGGAGGGCUACUUGACGGGGAUAGCACGAUUACGGAACAUGCCAAGCCUGAAGAAACCACAGCAACAGUGGAAGAGCCGGUAGGCAGACCUAGUUCCUUAGUAGACAUAUCUGGGGAGACCAAAGUCUUAGUUGAUGUAGUUGAACCUCUAGCAGAAGCCAAAAAGACUGAGGAAAUUCAGGCGCACACCAUAGAAGCAGCACCAGCAACCGAAACUGCAGCUCAGGUCGAAACUAAACCUGCUGUUGAGGCGGCUGCUGCUGAAGAAAGCCGUGAGCCGGAAGCCAAAGCAGAUAUUCAGCCACCUGAAAUUACGGAAGAGCUCCCCCUUCACCCAAUGGUGACAGGAGGGCUACUUGACGGGGACAUCACGAUUACGGAACAUGCCAAACCUGAAGAAACCAAAGCAACAGUGGAAGAGCCAGUAGGCGGACCUAGUUCCUUAGCAGACAUAUCUGGGGAGACCAAAGUCUUAGUUGAUGUAGUUGAACCUCUAGCAGAAGCCAAAAAGACUGAGGAAAUUCAGGCGCACACCGAAGAAGCAGCACCAGAAGCCGAAACUGCUGCUCAGGUCGAAACUAAACCUGCUGUUGAGGCUGCUGCUGCUGAAGAAAGAGGUUGGUCAGAAGCCAAAGCAGAUAUUCAGCCAAAUGAAAUUUCCGAUGAGCUUCCACCACACCCUAUGGCGACAGGCGGGCUACUUGAAGGGGACAGCACGAUUACGGAACAUGCCAAGCCUGAACAAACCAAAGCAACAGUGGAAGAGCCGGUAGAUGGACCUAGUUCCUUAGCAGACAUAUCUGGGGAGAACAAAGUCUUAGUUGAUGUAGUUGAACCUCUAGCAGAAGCCAAAAAGACUGAGGAAAUUCAGGCACCCACUGAAGAAGCAGCACCAGCAGCCGAAACUGCAGCUCAGGUCGAAACUAAACCUGCUGUUGAGGCUGCUGCUGCUGAAGAAAGACGUGAGCCGGAAGCCAAAGCAGAUAUUCAGCCACCUACGGAAGAGCUCCCCCUUCACCCAAUGGCGACAGGAGGGCUACUUGACGGGGACAUCACGAUUACGGAACAUGCCAAGCCUGAAGAAACCAAAGCAACAGUGGAAGAGCCAGUAGGCGGACCUAGUUCCUUAGCAGACAUAUCUGGGGAGACCAAAGUCUUAGUUGAUGUAGUUGAACCUCUAGCAGAAGCCAAAGAGACUGAGGAAAUUCAGGCGCACACCGAAGAAGCAGCACCAGCAGCCGAAACUGCAGCUCAGGUCGAAACUAAACCUGCUGUUGAGGCUGCUGGUGCU